GCAGCUGGAGAUCUCUGGAUAUCUGAACUGGGACAUUUCCCUGAGGACUCCUCUUACACUUCUUUUACUUUCUAAACUUUGUGAGUUUGUGUUUUAUUUAUUUUUGUGUUUUAUUAAGAACAGAAGCUUGCUUUUCAUGUUUUUCACCUGUGGAUGUACUCAGCGGUUACAUGACCCCUACGUGAGGAGCUUUUUGAGGAAUAAAACCCGCUGGACUGAAACCUUUCUUCACAGACUUUUUCUCUGAGACUUGUUGUUGGUGGGACCUUCCCUCGAUACUCUACGUAGUCAUGGCAGAUUUUCCAUCAAAGGUUAACACAGAGACCGGAUCCUCCAACGCCCAGACCUCUCAACAAGGGGGCAACAGCCUUCGAGGGCUGGCCUCCAACGUUACCAGUGCGAUGAACAUGCCCUUCAUCCGGAGCAUCCAAGGCAUCCUUAUGAUGGUUGAAAUCGUCCUUGGGUUGCUCCACUGGGCGUUGAUAGCCGGCGCCUUCUACCAGCCUUUGCCGGCAUAUGGCUGGGUGAUGUUUGUGGCCGUCACUCUGUGGAUCAUCACCACCAUCCUCUUCCUCAUAUUCUUGUUUAACGUCCAUGAAAAGCUCACCUUUGUGCCCUGGCUGCUGACGAUGAUGGGGUACCACGGCAUUGCAACAGUCCUUUAUCUGACUGCCUUUCUGACCAACGCUGCUUCUGUACAUCCUUUUCACCUCAACUACUUCUUCGGACAUUUUGCAGCUGCUGCUUUCUUUGGGGCGUUGGUCAUGUUGGCGUACGGCGUUAGUGCUGUCUUCUCUUAUUUAGCCUGGAAGGGAGACGGAGGAAAUGCUGCCACCAACACUGUGCCAGCCUAGGACUCUGAGCUGCAGUGCUGACCAGGAAAAAGUCACAAAGAUUUAUGUCUGUGUCCCUUAAAUUGAGUACUGGCACCUGCCUAUGAAUGCUGGCCCUCCUAACCUAAAUCCAUAUACUGAUCUAGUUUCAGUCAGAUUCAGUAAUGUAAGGUUCUGAGGAUACAUUAUUCAUCACCUCUGGAUUAUCUGCAUCAAACGUGGCUCUGAAACUCUAUCUCUACAUGACAUGUUCUCGAAGGUGCUGGUUUUGGUGUUUGAAGGACUGAAAUUCUGUCCUUUCUUUACAAAAUAUUCCAGUGCAUCAGUACAAAACUGUAACUCCUGUUUACACUUUGCUUUAUUUACAGAAAAAGGAUAAUAUAUAUUAUAGAUUAGUGAGUUUAUCAAAGGGUGAUGGGUGGGUUUUAUAUUUCAACAUUUCAACCAGGUUAUCUGACUCCCUGUUUCCAGCCUAUGUGCUCUAUACAGCUAAGCUAACUAGCUAACUUUAGCUUAAGACUUCUGUGAGUGGUAACAAAACUCAGACCUACCCUGUGGAUUUAAUCAGAUAGACCAUUUCCAGGAAAUGUCCAUGUUUCCCACAGGCAUAACGUUGCCCUGCUGGAGAGAGACGUUCAAUUAGUUAAAGGGGGAUUGUGAAGAUUAACCUGCUCAUAUUUUGCGUAACAUGCUAUCACUAUCAAAAGGAACAAAUAUUAAUUAAAGAUAUUGUAAGAUAUUGAUUUACUGUGAUAUUAGAGAAAGAAUCACCAUUGAUGUAAAUGGCUGCAAAGUGAAGAUCUGUGUCUUUAUUCAAUGUGUAAAGAUUUGAUUGAAAACAUGAACUUACUCCAAACAUGGCGGCCUGGCCUUACAUUCAUCCUGUCAUAUCUACUAAAGGUUUCAGUCUUUCUUGUUUACAGAGUGUUUGUUUCACUGGUGCGUACGACACCAAUGAGACUGAACUGUGCUCUCCUGAAUGUGUUAUAAACUGUGAUUCUCAUCUCAUAUUAUAAUGAAACCCCCUGACAUGGCGGUGCAGGUGUGAAGAAUGAAUGUGUGGUACGUGCGUUCUGCAGAAACCCUUUUUGAUUUCCAGUAAGUAUCUCUCACCCUCAUAACUCUGAAAGGACCAAGCCAAUCUCUGAUAAUGAAGCAGACAUGGAAUGAAAACGAUGGCUGUGAAAGCAUAAAGUUACUGAAGUAUGAUAUAAAGAUUCAGGGUUUCUACAGGACCCCUUCAAUGAUUCAAACACUGCUCCACGAAGGACUCACACAGCUGCAGACAACUCUCAGUGCUCACCCCGUCCUGUUUGUGAUUUUAUAAGAUAUUUUGUGUUUUUGUACAAAAAGAAUGAAUGCAGGCUCAGCCAUUAACAUGUUUCAAUAAAGUAACUUGUGAUUUAAA